AUGGCUGAACAAAACAACCCACAGUACGAAUUUAUGCGCUUGGAUACUAAGCCAAGCGCACAGCUUAGCUACAGCUUCACCCCUUCCACAGUCUUGGGAGAUGCCAACUCAACACUUAUCGUCUUUGUUAACGGCAUGAUUGCACCGCAAACAUCGUGGAUAAAAACGAUUUCCAAACUCAAAGAGCUCUCUCCACAUGGACUUCCGGCUAUUUUGACUUUUGAUCGUUUCGGACAGGGUCAAACUACUGACCGAGACCCUAACGACGAGGGAGCUGCUGACCCAUCGCAUGCACACGACUCGAUGGAUGUUGUCCGUGAUAUUCGUCAGCUUAUCACUCAGGUUCUAAAGAGCAAACUCAAUAUUGAUGAUCCCGACAACGCUCGAUUAUUCCUGAUCGGAAACUCCAUCGGCUGCGCUUUCAGUCGUCUCUACGCUAGUGAAUACCCAGGCACUGUAUCAGCGGUUUUGCUUCUCGACAGUGUCCUGACAGACACAGACUUUGUCUCUGUCUUCCCCGACCCAGACGCAAAAGACUUCGACCCAGAUGGUCUACCAUUAGGGAUCACUGCCGAUAAUAUCCGCGUUGCUCGAGAAGAAACCAGGAAACGAUUCCACCCCAGCAUCGGCUCCAAGGAGAGCCUCACACGCAGAAACCUGAUACAUCUUCUGCCUAAGGCGGACUCGCCAACUUUACCAAAGACCGAUGGCAAAGAGCCUUAUGUGACUGUGUUGGGCCACGACUUUGACUACUUUGCAAAGAGAACCGGGACAGACUUUAAUACUCCGCCUGAAGUUGUGAAUGUUUAUAUGAAUCCUUACUGGCAUCACUACAACGAGGGUCUGGCUAAGCUUACGAUUAAGGAGAACAGUGACGGACCCAUUCAGGUGCCCAAUGCAGGUCAUUUCAUUCAGGUUGAUAACCCUGAUUUUGUGGCUGGUAAGGCACACGAAAUCUUGCAAAAGCUGGCGAAGAAGUAG